AUGGGCAGCGCCACCAGGUUCACGGCCCUCCUCACCGUCCCCAUGCCACCUAUCCGCCCGUCCCUCAUCAUCUUCUGCCGCCGUCUCUCUGCACUCUCCUUCGCUCCGCGCCUUCCCCCCACACUCUCCUCUUCAUCCCCGUCAAAAACCCAAAUUACUCAUCUCGUCAACUCUUUGCACUCUCAAUCGAGCAGCACUUCUGCGUAUACGGUCCACUCCACCGCCGACCAGAACCACCCAUGGCCUGAGUGGACUAAUUUUCUUAACAUCUUAUCGAGUGGGCAGAGGAUUGAGGAUAAAGGGAUUCCGCCUGAGGAUGCAUUCGUCGUGUACGAGGAGUUGAGCGAUGAUUUUGUACGGUCCGCCGCCACUUGCAUAGCCUUUGCUCAUGCCAGACCUAAUCUUCUCGGAUUGCUUUCAAGGAGGGAUAUCGAAGCUGUUGUAUCCAAUGGAACUCCAUUUUUGUUCAAAAGUGCUCUUGACUCAGCCAGGAGGAUGAGGGCUUUCUUAGGAACUGGUGAAACCAAUGUGUCAGAACUUGAUAAAGCAAAUACAAUAGAUCUUAUGAAAUAUAUACUGAGCUAUGCAAGCAAUCCAACUGUUUCUUCCGAAAGAAAAGGACUUUAUAGCAAGGAACUCGUUUACUCAUCUGUUCGAAAGCUGUUACAUGAACUGGGUACUGUGUGCAGUGGAGUUCCAACUGGAUAUACACCUGUCUCAAGACAAACUCAAAAGCCUUAUGGACAAAAUAUUGAAAUGAAGAGAGGCGACUGGAUUUGCCCAAAGUGCAAUUUCAUGAACUUUGCAAAGAACAUGAAAUGCCUGGAAUGUGAAGGAUCCCGACCAAAGAGGCAGCUAACUGGCGGGGAGUGGGAUUGCCCUCAAUGCAAUUUUUUUAACUACGGACGAAAUUUCGCCUGCUUACGUUGCGACUGCAGGCGACCCGGGGCCCCACUGUCUACCGACAGCACCUCCCAACUCAAUUCAGUGCAUAACAAUUAUUUCCCUAACAAAACCAACACGGAUAAUGAACGGAGCAAGAAUGCUCAACAAUGGUUCAGUAAAAUCUCCAAACUGAACAGUGCCAACAGUACCGAUAAUGCGGCUUUAAACGAAAGAGCAAGCCCGAUGGAUAACAUUCGUCAUUCCCAAUAUUCAGAAGCCAAAAAUGGAAAUUUUCAGAAUCAAGGAAGGGAAGGAGAAGCCGAAAAAUCUGAAAGAUGGUUUGAGAAAAUGUCCGAGCUACACAAUGUCAAGGACCUGCCGAGCGCGGUUUUGGAAGAGGACUUCCCGGAAACUAUGCCGAUGCUUAAAGGUGAAAGCAGAUUCGUGGUUGGGAAAAAGAAAGACCCUUCUCUCACAUCAUCAAAGAACAAACAACCCGCCAUGGACCAGGCGAAUGGCACCAAUUUUGUGCCAUUUGUCCCGUUCCCUCCCGGCUAUUUUGCAAGGAAGGAUAAUGAUGCAGAUCGACCCCCGAGUCGAGAUCUGCCAGAGGUUAAAAAAGGUGAUCCAAAAACGAUAAAUCUGGAAAAUUCGAAUUUUUCGAGUGGAGUUCAUGACCAACCAUCGAGCCCGACUUCGGAAAGUACUGAGCAAAAUAAUGUGGGGCCCAGAAAUGGAGGAUAUUGCGCGGGAAAGAGCUUGGAAGGGUCGAGCGUGAAGGAGAGUGAUCCACUCGACAUGUCUGAGGAGGCAAUAAAUGAGAGGUGGUUCAGACGUGCAGCCCAGAUUAAAGAUAUAUCGGAGCUUAGUCAGAUACCGGACGAGGAUUUCCCCCCAAUAAUGCCGAUGUUGAAGGGCGUGAACAGGUUUGUCGUGAGCAAGCGAAAAACCCCGCUCGAGAGGCGGCUCACUUCACAAAAGUACAAAAGGAAUCUGCCUAUUGUAAGUAGUGAGUCCGUGAAGAAGGAAAGUGAUGGCAGCUAA